AUGUCAGUGCUUCCACGAGGUUUCGAGAGCUGUAGGCCAUGCCCAAGGUACGGAUUUGUACGGGGUGAAUACAGUGUAUACUAUAAAAGACCACGGUAUGGUCAACCCCGACCACAACCCUUUAUGAAAGAGGCAGCGAAAUACCACAGCGGUCCGACCAACGCCCCAUCUGAAAAGCCAUGCUGCUACGACUAUCCCUGUAAAGCGCACUGUUUCAACCACGGAGCGUGCACAAGACCAAGCGGCAGAUACGCUCGCACUGUUUGGUACCCUGGUGAAUGCUGUCCAGUGGUUCCUCCCUGCCAGGCCUUUACGUGUCCCAACCCUCCAUAUCAUCCGUGCUGUUAUCACACUUGCAACAAACUAGUCUAG